AUGCUGAUGAAUUUGUUUACAUUUUUUCGCGAUCGCAACGUUUAAUUUUUUUAGAAUUUUGGUUUCAAGUUUUCUAAUUAAUUAACUGUUUUAAAAAGACUUCCACCAGCAUGAACGAUCCGAACAAAAAGAUCGAAAUCGACAAAUCAUCGCUCCUCAGCUUGAAGGCAGAACUGCUCCGAAAGCAGGAAGAGGUCAGCCGCGCCAAGACGUCCACCUCCAUCGAUGACUUUGUCCCGAAACGGGUUCCAAAAGCUCCCGAAUCUUCGCAUCCACCUUCGUCUGGUGCCAAGAGUAAGACUAAACCAUCCAAAUCUUCUGCGAGUGGUUCCGAUGGCAAGGGUAAAGUGGUCGAGCUGGAAGAUUCCGCCCAGUUGGACCGCUCGAAGAAGGUUCUACUUGCCAAGUCCAAGUACUACGACCGGAUGAUGGCGUCGGGCGGGGCGUUGAACAGCGACGAAAACUGUCUGGUGAUGUUCAACCAGAAGAAACAGACGGAUCGUGUGGUUAGCUAUCGGUACAGCAGCGAGGAAGAGUCGGACCCGUCGUCGUCGGACGAGGAGGAUAGAAGGGGGUCGAAGAAUCGACUGCCGGAGCGGGACGAUGAUCUCGUCGAAUACACCGACUAUCUGGGACGUAGCCGGAAGUGUCCCCGAAAGGAACUGGACGAGAUGCUGCGGAAAGAUCGCGAAAUGGAACGAGAGGCCAGAGCUAGUCGGGGGGAGGAACCGAGUUCGAGUUCCGGAGGAGGGCCCGGUCCGGCGGCAAGUCUGUGCGAUGACAACAGCGACGAGGAUGAGUUGAUUGGACCGCCCGUUCCGUCGGUGGCCAUCACCGAGGAAACGAUUGGGGAGCGGUUCCGCGAGAUGCGCGAGCAGUGGACCAGGCAGGAAGCGGCCAACAUGGAGAAGGACUCGGUGCACUACUCGGAUGUGCUGUUUGACGAGGCCCGCCAGCACGGCGUCGGCUACUACGGGUUCUCAACGGACCGGGACGAGCGCAACCGGCAGCAGCUGGAGCUGGACGCGAUCCGCGAGGCCACCGUGGACGCCCAGCGCGAGAAGGAGGACCUGCGUGCCGCCCGAGACCGCAUCAUAGCGGACCGAGUGCGGGCUGCCAAGGCGCGGCAGCGUGCCCGGCUCGGACUGCCCCCGGAGGAGGAGGAGAAGAAACAGAAGGGCGAUCCGGAAGUGGGACGAGACGAGCUGUACGACACGGAGGAGGAACGGAAACGCGCCAAGGCGGAAGCGAAGGCGAAAAAGAAGCGCGAAAAGGAGGAACGAAGGCGCGACCGGGAACGGAAGGGCCAUGUGAGGCCUUGGGAUGAGGGAAAGGAGCAGGAUGGGGAUUCGCGCGAGUGGAAACCGGCGAAAGAGUGGCGCGUAAUGUCCCAGGAAGAGUGGAACGAGAUGCAACGGAAAGAGCGGAACGCCGAGUUCGCUCCACCUGUGGAUUAUGGUGGACCGCCACGGUGGGAACGUAAUCCGCUGUUGGCGACGCAGAAUAAUCCGCGGAUUGACGAAGCAGAGCAGAAUGAGGACGAAUCAGAUGAGGAGGAACAGAUUGGCCCACUUCCACCAACGGGAUACGCGCAAGGGAUGGAUUAUAAUCCACUUUUGAUGCCACCACCGACGACGUCCGGUGGUGGGGCGGAACCGGAGGAAAUCAGCAUGCCGUCAAUCCCAGGAAUGGAAGAUAUUUUCCUGCCCGAAGCACCCCCAACGCGGGCGCUCUUCUUCACCACCAAGAAGAAAGAGUUUAAACGGCGAAAUUACGAAACCACCGCGGAGACGGCGGAAAAACGACCCAAUCUAGAGCAGCAGCAGCAUCGAGUGCCGAUACGGAAUGAGCUUAGCGAGGAUGAAGAGGAAAAGGAAGAAGAAGUUCAGCGUGGAAAGGGCGUUGAAAUUGCCCCACCACCCACGUUCGAUUAUUACGGGCCGACGACGGGUAAAGCGGCAAAAGCGCCGCGGAAGCCGCCAGUUUCGAAAACUACCCUCGAGGCGUCCAUUGAGGCGGGGCUGAAGUUUUUGCGGAAUCAAUCGGACAAGGCGGGUCCGAGUGGGGGCACGAAAAACAGGUGGACCUCGAAUGCGGAUUACUAGUGAGAGAUAGUGCAUGGGUGUGAAUGAGUUGGAAUGAAAUAAACAGGAUUGUAAAUUUGGA